UGUUAAUCCCAUAUGGACAUGACGUGUUGUUUUCAUCCACGUUUGAAAUGAUCGUCUACUGUCAAAAGUAAAUAGUGAGUGAGAUUUCCAAUUAAAAUCGCUCUCGUUUCUUUUUAAGUUAAAUUUUUUGUUUUCUAGAUACUGAGGUGUAAUUCCGUCAUUUCCAUUCGUUAUAAUAUCUGAGUGAUCUUGUGAAUGAUGAAAUAAAGUUGCAUUUAAUUGGGAGUUCUUAUAUAAAUUCUUCCUGUAAACAAACAAAAUGAUGCCACCGCCGAAUUCUCAAGUUCCUCCAAAUGCUAGUUUGACGCUUGAUCAUCAAGUUGACAACAAGUUGGCUAAUCAAAUGCAUGAUAUGAAACUGGCCCCUCCUCUUCCUCAAAAUAUGCCUACCAAUUCCUUCAUGCAGCCUGGAGUGCCAAAUCUGCAGCAUUCUAAAUCUCCAAAUUCUACUAAUGUUACAUACAGUGGUGCACACAAAUCCACUUAUCCUUACAUGAACAAUAAUGUCAUUCCUGGAACCCCUAGAUCUGGUGCAUUUAAUAAUAACUCAUCUCCAAGUUUAGGAUCUUAUUCACAUGUGCCUAGCCCAUCUCAGUACAGAGACCAAAACCUAGGUUCGAUGCCGCCUCAUUCACAACCUCUAUCAAAUUAUAGUAAUGGUGUGAGUAAUGGGUAUGAUACUUCUAAAAAUGCUGGAUUUCAAUCGCCUGGACAGGUGCCGUAUUCUCAGCAUCCCUCGCCUCAUCAACCUGGCGUACCUCCGCCUCCAUCACCAGGACAACAAACACCUGUCAGACCAUUGCAAUCUCCUCCAUCUAAUCCUGUAAAUAUUAGGCCUAUUAUGAAUCAAAACCAGCCACCUGUGAUGAAUUCUCCCACUAGUCAACCUGGUUUCCCACAGCAACCAGGAUUCCCACAGUCUCCUGGUCUUCAGCAACAACCUGGUUUUCAGCAACAAACUGGCUUCCAACAACAGCCAAAUUUCCAACAACAACAGCCUGGUUUUCAACAACAACCUGGUUUUCCGCAGCAACCUGGUUUUCCGCAGCAACCUGGUUUUCCACAGCAACCUGGUUUCCCACAGCAACCAGGUUUCCCUCAGCAACCUGGAAUAUCAUCACCUACAGGUCUUCCUCCCCCUCAAUUUGGAAUGUCACCUCCUGGUACUAAUAUGCCGCCUCAACCUGGUUCACCAGCUAAUUAUCCCUAUGGCAUGCCAGCUCCAGGCCCUGCUCAACAGCAACCAAGAAAAUUGGAUUUAGACCAAAUGCCAAGUGUUGUUCAAGAGAGACAAGAGGAUAAAAAAACGAGGAGUGGUUAUUUUGCCACGGAUGUAAAGGGAGUCGUCCCACCAUUAGUUACCACUGAUUUUAUUGUGCAAGACAGAGAAAGAGCCUCCCCAUUGUUUGUAUCGGGAGGAAGGACCAUUGAGGUGUAAAAGAUGUAAGGCUUAUAUUUGUCCUUUUAUGACCUUCAUGGAGGGUGGUCGAUGUUUUCAAUGUGCUUUCUGUAAGGUUGUCACUGAAGUACCCCAAGACUACUUUUGCUUUCUUGAUGGAAUGGGGGAACGCACAGAUAAAUAUCAUCGUCCUGAGCUCUGCCUUGGAUCAUAUGAGUUCAUUGCUACAAAGGAUUAUUGUCGGAAUGAUGUGUUACCAAAUCCACCUGCGUAUAUAUUCAUGAUUGAAGUUUCAAAUGCAACCUUUCGCAAUGGAUUAGUACCACUCCUUUGUGAAAACAUGAAAAGUGUACUGCAAACAAUAAAAACAAAAAUCUCACUCAGCCUCAUAUUAUGGUAUUGUCUGAUGUUCACAAUGCUUUUGUACCUUUGUUGGAAGGAUUUCUUGUGACAUUAGAUGAAGCAGAAGUUUUAAUUGAUAGUCUUAUGGAACAUAUUCAACGCUUGUUUAUGAAUGAUCCUGCAAAUGAAGUAAUUUUAGGACCAGUUAUUCAAGUUGGCUUAGAGGCUUUAAAAAAUGCCAACUGUUGUGGCAAACUUCUAGUAUUUCAUUCAACAAUUCCAAAUGCUGAUGCUCCUGGAAAAUUGCCUCAUAGGGAAGGUCAGAAACUUCUUGGUACAGAUAAACAAAAAAUAGCAUUGUCACCCCAAACAGAUUUUUACAGCAAAUUAGCCCAAGAGUGUGUUGCUGCAGGUUGUGCUGUUGACCUUUAUUUGUUUCCUUCUGCAUAUGUAGAUAUUGCAAGCUUAAGUCCAAUGUGCAGAUAUACAGGUGGACAGAUGUACAAAUACACUUAUUUCCAGUCUCAUAUUGAUGGUGACAGAUUCCUAGAAGAUCUAGAAAGAAAUGUUACAACUCCUACAGCAUUUGAUGCUGUUUUACGUGUUAGAACUAGUGCAGGUAUCAGCCCAGUUUUUUACUAUGGCAACUUUUACAUGUCCAAUGCGACAGACAUAGAGUUGAGUGCAAUAGAUUGUCACAAGUCAAUAACCGUUGAAUUUGCUUAUGAUGAUAAGUUAGCCGAGAAUGAAACUGUCUUCAUACAGGCUGCCCUCCUCUACACAACCUGCACUGGAGAAAGGUUGAUAAGAGUUCACAACCUUGCUAUUCCUACUUCAGUCAGUAUGCCUGAUGUGUUCAAGUGUUCAGAAAUGGACACUAUAAUAAAUUUCUUUUCUAAACAAGCUUUAAAGCAAAUGCUAGAUCAUAACCCUCAACAAAUUAAAAGCAGUUUGUUGAACCGUGGUGUGAAAAUUCUGUCUUGUUAUAGAAAACAUUGUGCCACAAAUUCAUCUUCCGGGCAACUUAUACUGCCUGAAGCUUUAAAACUUCUCCCUCUGAUGAUCAACUGCUUACUUAGAAGUGAUGCCCUCGCAGGAGGUCCUGACAUGACAUUAGAUGAUAAAAGUUUUUCCAUGAUUGCUGUAAAUAGUAUGGACAUUAAGAGUACUGCCACUUACUUUUAUCCAACUCUGAUUCCUCUUCAUGAAGUUAAUCCUGAUGGGGAUGAUUCUCCUAAUCCAAUCAGAUGUUCAAUUGAAAAGUUACAUGACAAUGGAGCGUAUUUGUUGGAAAAUGGUAUUUAUAUGUUCCUGUGGAUAGGACAAGCAAUAAGUCCGGAUUGGUUGCAAAAUGUUCUAGGGGUUCAAAGCACAAAUCUAAUUGACAAACAAAAGACUUCUUUACCAGAGCUUAAUACACCUUUAUCAAAAAAGGUUCGCCAAGUCAUCGAAGAGAUUGAAGAAAAUCGCCAAUGGUACAUGAGGCUUACUAUCAUGGUCCAAGGAGAUAAACUUGAAGUUGUAUUUCGGCAAUUUUUAGUGGAAGACAGAGGAGUUGAUGGUAGUCCAUCUUAUGUUGAUUUCUUGUGCCACUUGUAUCGAGAAAUUUCCAAAAAUCAAUGAGGAGUGAUUUCUAUCUGCUGUUAAACAAACAUUUUAAUAUAUAUAAAAAACUGGCCUUUUUUUUUAAAGCUUUUUGAUGUUUACUUGGAAAUGUUGCUUGUGAAAGUUUUAUUAGUGUAUGUUCUAAUUUGUCGAUGUUUUUAAAAAAAUUUCUGAGUUUUUUUUUAAUUAAAAAUUUAAAGUAUUGAAUUUAAUUUGGUAUGAAAGAGAUUUUGUGGUUUUAGGAUAAAGAAAUAUAUUUGUCUGUUUAAUUAUUCUUCAGAAUAGAAAAUAAUUCUGAAGAUUUUUAUUUAGUUUCUUAAAAUUGGGAAAGAGUUUUAACUGUCUAUUUUUUAAAUGAAUGGGAGAAUCGCUAUAUAUGAAGACUUUUAUUUAGUUUCCUAAAGUUUGGAGAGAAUUUUAACUGCCUAUUUUUUGAAUGAAUAAAGGAAUUGUUAUACAAAACUUAUAUAUUGUAUCAAUUAGAUUUGUAUAUUUCAUAUUAUUUAAAGUAUUAUCGUUGAAUUCUAAGGAAUGAAUUUAUGGGACUGAAAAUUUAUGGGACUGUUGGCAAAUAAAUUAAAAAUGAAAUAUACAAAUGUAAAAAGUGUUUUACUUUGUUAAAAUGUCUUUGUUUAUCAGUAAGCUGCAAAUAGGACAAUAUUUAUGGUAUAUAUUAUUUUAUUAUGAUGUUAUAAAAAUCAGUAUUGAUUAAAAAAAUUAUUAAAAAAACCUUGUACAUCUUGUAUUGUUGAAAUCUUGUAGAUUGUUACAUUAUUAACUUAUUUUACAAAAAUGCACAAUAUAGAAGUUCAAUAUUUAAGAAAAACACACACACACAUAUUUUUUCACUUUGAACACAGUUAAAAUGUUUUCAUGAAAUAACUUUCACAGAGCUAAAUGCUGACUUAGUUUGAUAAUUAUUUUUAAUAUUCAUAUCAAAUUUUUUUUACUAUACAAAACUGAAUAUUCAAACUAAAAUCCUAUUUCUCAAAAAGAUAACUGAAAUGUUUAAUAUUUUUUACACUGUAUUGAGGCUCACGAUACCUAAUUUCGUUUUUGUCAAAAUGAUUCUUACUCUAGUAAAGUCAUUUUGUGAAUAUUAGAAACUAUGCUAAUUCAAUGGACUUUGAACUUAUUGUGAUAUAAAGAUUAUUUCCAUAAAUAUUUAAUCUUUUUUUGUUGAAAAAUCAUAAGGAAAUAUUGGCUGUCAUUUUGUACUCUUGUCUAAUUAAUAAAUGCUUUUCAUGGAUAAGCUCCUGAUUUUUUUUUUAUGUUCUUAGAUUUCUGUAAAAUAUCUUGUUUUGAAAUCAAUAUGUUGACUGAUUAUUUAAUCAAUCUUUUACUAAAUUUCUUUUUUUUUCUUCAUGAAAUUAAAAUAAGCAAACAAAUAUGAAUAAUUGAAAGGUAUUAAUGCUGUUGUAGUUAUCUUUUUUUUAAAUCAAUAUGUCAAGAUUAAAUGUUAUAAUGAAAUAAAAAUUUUGACCUCGAAAUCAAGGAGAAACUAAUAAAUUCGCAAAAUUUAUAAAUUAAUAAACAUUUUAUAACCUCUUGUCUAAAAUUAACAAUUUACAACAAAUUUAUGAUUAUUAAUUUGCACAAGCAUCCUCUACAUUGUUAAGCACAAUGAUAGUGCUCAGUCUCAAACCAUUGGAAAGGACUCAUGUUCAAUGGUUUAUUCUAUUAUCAGGGUGCAUAGCGUUUUUAAAAAGUGCUUAAAGGUGCUUAUUUUUGAUUUACGUUUUUUAAAAGCCCUUAAAGGUGCUUUUUUUAUUCGGGGUUUGUAAAAAGUGCUGAAUUUUUAAUCUUUUAAAAAGAGAUUAUUUCUUUGUUGUGUCGAAUUUCGUUCAAAAUUACAAAAAAUGACUGAUUUUCACAAUUUUCUCUGCAAUAUUUAUCGGAAACUAAUUAUUUUAUCAUGAUCAAAAUAAUUCUGAAUUAUAUGUUUAUAAAUUAAGAACUUUAAACGAUAGAAAUUUUUUUUUUAUUAAUGCACAGAUCCUAGUUAUGACUUUUUUUUGGAAAGUGAUUAAAAAUAUUUUUUCAGUGCUUAAAAAGUACAUAAAAGGUGUUUAUAUUUUGUUGAAAAAUCUGGCUACACACCCUGAUUAUCUUUUCUUAAAAAAUAUUACACAUUCCUUUUUUCUUAUAAUUAAGUAAAGCGAGUUCUUGAGUUCUUUUCAAUAGGAAGAUUUUGUAUUUGAAUAAUUUAUUUCUUGAAAUUGCUUUGGAAUUUUUUCUAACUCUAAAGGUGAUAAGAAAUGUUAAACUUUUGAUUUUUAAAAUUUAUUAUUUGUAAAUACAUGUGUACUAUUUUGUAUAUACAUAUUCCAUUUUUAAAAAAAAAUGUAAAAAAAAAAUUUAAAAAUUCCUUUUUGAUAUUUAAUUCUUGUUGAAAUUUAAAAUUUGCAUUUGUUUAAAAAAUGCUGUUAGAGGAUUAAAAUUGUAUUGAAUUUUUAUUGUACUUGUUGUGUUUUGUAUUCAGUUUUAUUUUUGUAUGUUACAAAGAGUUAUGCUUUAUUUUGGGAUGUCAAAUGUAAUUAUAAAUUCGAACAUAGGUUAUAGAUUUUUUUUGGUAAGUGUCACUUGGAAAUUGCAGGGAUUUUUGUGUAUAAAUUGCUUUAUGGCAUUGAAAAAAAUAGAAACAUCAACUUUGCUUUGUUUUUGGAUUUAUCACCCCUCAAUGUUUACAUUUCUGCAUUUAAAACAUUACUGAUCCAUUUUCUUUCUUCUUUUUUUUUAACUUUAAAGUAGUUUAAAUAAUUUUUCUUGGGAAAAUGAAUUUUUGAAAAUUAAAAUAAUUAUAAUAAACAGAAAUUUUAAAUAAUUUCAUUAAAAAAGUUAAAAUGCUAUUGAGGUCAAUAAUGAAACAAUAAAUGUUUAGAAAUUGGCAUCCCUAUUUGACCAUUUAAAAAAUGCAUUUGAUCUUUUAUAAAUUGUGCAGUGUAUGUCUUACCUAUUUUUGAAAGAAUAAAAAGAAAUUAUUUUGAAAAUU